AUGAACCCCAUAGGAAAAAAAUGCCUGGUCCACUUUGGUGCAAUUGACUGUGACAUAAGCCAAUUGGACAAGGAAACGAUAGAGUACAUCCGGCAGAGAUUCCCUUCGGUGUUAGCAGACAUUUAUAGAAAGGCCAAUCUGAAGGACAAGGCCAUCCAAGCUCUUCAAAAUAAGCUAGCCGGUGGAAGCAAGGCAGUCUACACACACGAAAUACUAUACAACUACAUCUACUUUGAAGACUAUUGCGGAGCACUCCAAAGGAUUGCAUCCUUAGACUUCAGAGAUCAAACAAUCGAAUGCCUGUCGCUACAAAUAUUUAUUCACCAGAAGACGCUGAACGAAAAGGUCUCCUGCCGAUCAGAGGCAUACAACGAGAUAAACAGCCGUGUAUUGAAAUAUUUGUUUAUGCACUUCAACAUCGAUGUCUUCAGCUAUUUCAGAAAAGCUCUCAAUGAGUUCUGUAACAACAACAAAGAGUGCAAAGACAAAUCAUGCGGAGACCUGAAGAUUGCUCUGUUUAAGAGCCAUUGCAACAGAAAGUAUCUGGAAAAGCUAUGUCUGAAGUCCUUGGAGUACAUAUACAAUGAGCUAGACCUUCCCGAGGCGCUGAGGCUCAUGGUUCACAGAAAUCCAAAGAUCAACGAAUUCUAUCUCAGGGAAUUUGCGAGAAGAUGCCUUCCAGCCAACGAGGAGAUCAAAUCAAUUUUAGAAAGGGCCUACAGCCCCUCCUUGUUUGACCUGCUAAAGAGAAGGGGCUCUCUAACUAAGCAGAUUGUCAAGCUCAAAAAAUACUAUAGAGAGGACUACAGUGAGAAGAAAGUAAAGUUUGAGUCCUCAUACUGCAAGAGGGUGAGAAAAAGCAGGAAGGAAGAAUAUCUGAAGAUAUAUACCAUGCCGGAGAAAGUGCGAAAAAGCAAUAAAAAGAAGUAG